CUUGGCGACCACGGGCUUUCCAGCCUGACCUCCCUCCCUCGGCCCCGCCCUUCAGACCCUGCCCCCUCCCCCGCCUCGGCCCCGCCCCCGUCACCCCAGGGGGCUGGAGACGAGUCCCUGGCUUGCGAGCGGCCCUAGCAAGAGGCACAGGCUCGAGGGACCAACCUUACCUCACAUCCUGGCUUGCCCUGCUGGGGAAAGGUGGGGUCCGCUGGCCAGACCCUGACAACCUUCCCGAGCCCCGGAGGUUUCAGCCCUACCACGACUCGCUUUUAUUAGGGUGAAGGAAGCCUAGACGAGCCUGGUCCAAGGACCUCCCUGCUUUCUGGCGGCCUGUUCAGCCAAAGACAGUCGACAAAUAACAGGAUUCCACUGCUUCAGGCUUGAACAAACGGGGGAGACUCUCCUCAUAACCCAGUCUACAAGUGGGCAGACCCUCCCUUAGCGGGAGCUUCUGUGAGUCUGAUCUGAUACCUGCCUCAUCUCCAUUGUGAAUUGCUGUAGCUCCACCCCAGGCCUACAGCAUGCAGUCCCAGGAGAGUGGCGUUCACUACAGCAGGUGGGACAGCAGCAGCCGGGAUGAAGUCAGCAUGUCCGCCAUGUCCAGCUCAGAGGAGGCCUCAUGCUAUAAGAGGAUCUCCCAGAAGCUGUGCUCUGGCAAGCUGGGGAUAGCCAUGAAGGUGCUGGGUGGAGUGGCCCUCUUCUGGAUCAUCUUCAUCUUGGGCUACAUCACUGGCUACUACGUGCACAAGUGCAAAUAAAUGCUGGCCCACUCCCAUCCCGGGGGAUUCCCUCUCAUGUACACAGACAUCUGUGCAGACCCUCAUCCAUACAGACCCCAGAGCAUAUGAAGACGCCAGUGUGCACUGUCAACAUGGCUCCCCACCUCCAGCAUCCACGGUGGACCCAAGACUGAAACCCUAGCCCGGGCAGCCACCAGAGGCACACAGGCUGGAGACUAGGCUCGGCUCCAGCAGGGCAGCAGGGGACCUCCCCAGGCUCAGCUCUGCACCCAGGAUGCCCAGAUCCUUUGGCCGAUGCUAGGUGGUAUCUUCCCCAGCCUAGGGCGUAGCCCCAUCUAUAGCUGAGGUUGGGAUGAGGGGUUUGGGCAGAGGCGUGCGUGGCAGCCCUCAGGGGUGAGCUUCUCCCUGUGGGCUGGGCUCCUGGUUUGUUAGGCUUUCCAGAUUCCUGAUUGUGCAGGGAGAGCCCUGAAUGAUGAUUGUAGCUCUUACCUAUUUUUUCCAGGGGACACGGACAGAGCCACAGAGACAGGACCUUUCUGUGCAGGGCUCAAGAGAGGUCUUCUCAUCUCAAACACAACAUUGCUUUCUUUAACAAACAGGGCAUGCACUCCAUGGCUUACCACCUCAGGAAUGGCCCUGUGAGAAGCUGGGUGCCCUAUCGGCUGCCUCCCCACCAGCCCCCACUCACGGAGAGUAGACAAAUCACUGCUGAAGAGCAGUGGGUGACAGUGCUGUCCAGCCAGGCGUGACUUGUUCCAGGCCUGACCCUCCUCCACAGCUCCUCCUGGUCUUGGAAUGUGCCCCUCCUGGCUGGCCCUCUCCCAAGAACACAGAGGGCCCAAGGGUCAGGAUGUGGCUGGACCUGUUCCCUCCUUACUGGACCACGUGAGGACGAGGCCCUGAACACUUAAGGGUACUGUGGCUUGAUGGGGACUUUGGUCCCCUCUCCAGUGGCCUAGGUAGGACUUUCCUGGAUCACACCUUGCUCCCAGGGAGAUGGUGCCAGGCUUGCAGGCUGUGACCUGAGGGUGGAGGGCACAGCGGCUGCACCCAUCAGUAGCCAGAGAAGGGAGGCCAGAGGUCAACCCCUGUCGCUCCCUGGCCAGAGAGGCUGGUAUGGCUGGCCUCCUCAUCUCAAGGGGUUCCUGGUUUGGACUGUCGUAAGCUUCAGUGGUCCUCGUGUGGGAGUUGGCAGUGGAACUACUCCAACUGGCCUGGACCUCUGUAGAAAUCUGGGCUUCAAGUCUAAGACUGCUCUGCCCCCACUCACAAAUGAGGUAGCCUGAGCUACCUCAAGGCAGGCAUUGUGGAGAGGUCCCGGCAAUGGACCCCUUAAGGCCUAGUGGAGCCCUUGUCAAGAGGCAGUCCUUGGAGCAGGAGCAGAUGUAUGGUGGGACAGGGAGAAGGUGUGUUCCAUGCAAGGGGCAGAACGUGAAAGGAAAGGGAGUGUUCCGAGUCUCCUACAGUCCUGUACUCCUGGGCUGACAGCCACAGGCAGGCAUCUAGCCACAUCCUGUACCCCACAGGGUCAGGUGCUUCCAGUCCACUCCUGGCAACUGUGCAGUAACCUUUGGGGAGCUGCUCAGUGACCCCAGGGUCAUCAACACCCCGGUGGAGGUUCAGGCUGCUUUCCUAUGUAUGGUGUCUGCUACACCAGAGGACUGGUGGACUGAACACUGUCCCUGGGAGACGCACAUGCUAAGGCUGCUAAUGCAGGGAUUGUUACCAAGGGUUUUUUAUUAGUUUUAUUAGAACAAAGAGGCAUUCUGCUUGCAAUGUAAAAACAGUUCCAAAAAUCUCAAUGAGUCUCACACCGGGGCUGUGCUGGAUGGAGGUUUGGGAGAGCAGGAACUGGGGAGAAACAGGGUGGGCACAGGGCAGCUCCACCCUAAACGCUUAGGUAAGUUUUUGCCACAACCACCAGCUUUGUCCAGGGUCUGCCAUGAGGGGCCUGGAGCCUCACUAGAUCUGGCAGCUAAAGGCUCUCGCAUACCCUUAGAACAGAAUAGAACCCGGAAACAACCCCAACAGUCGUUCUUUUACAGAAGAUAGAAAUUGUCCUUUGAGGUCAGAGACCACCACUGAGGUCUGGUAAGGCAUGGGGCCACCAAGUCCUUUCUGCAGCUGGCUGGGUCCUUAGGAUCAAGCACUGUGGCUCCAGGAAUGGCAGCUGUGUGCUGGGUACACACCAGCACAUGCACAGAGAGACAGGCUGUGUUGAGCCUGCAGGGCCUGGUGGGCGGCACUCCUUCCUCAGCUACCGUAUGACAGUCCACACACCAGCCUUCCCACCCACUCACAGACCACUGGCUGGCUACACAGGACUACAUGGGCAUGGCUGACUUCUGUGGCCCCGGCACAGAUGUGCCAACAAUGACCAGCACUCCAGUUGGAAGCACAGCUGUGGAAGGCAGAUGCUGCCCGAGGACCAUGGCAGCAGCACUGUGCCCAGAAACAAGCUCUAAGACUAUGAUCACAACAUGAUGCUCUCAACUGUCUUUGCACAGCUGAUGUUGAAAAAAAAUGCUAUUAACAUGUUGUAGAAAAAUAAAUACCGUUCAAUAGAC